AAAACAAAAAAAAUAAUGAAACUCAGUCAAAUGUUAAGGUGGACAACAACUGAUGGCAAACACUUAUUAAUGAGAAUGUUUUAUUUCACCUACAUACCAAUUAUUUUGAUUUUAGGUUAUAAAUCAAUGAACAUUUAGGCAUUAUUCCCUCAAUUAGCAUCUAAACAAUGAAAGGAUAUUUGAUAUUUAUGAUCUAUAAGCAAAUUAAACAUAUUAUUCAAAUUAUUUGAAAUAUUGCAAAUUUUAUGAUUAUAGAAUCUGAGCAUCAUAUAUUUUGCUAGAAAUAGCAAAUUAAUAUAAAUUCAAUUACUCUAUAAAAUUAAAAGCAAUAUUAUUUCAACAAAAUUUUAAUCGUAAAAUGGGAGAAGAAUUUGGUUUUGAUAAAGAGAGAUUCGUGAAUUAUAAUCAAGACAUCUUUGAUUGUCCAAUAUGUUCAUGUGUUGCUAGGCUUCCAAAAGAUUGUAGUGCAUGUGGAUCAGUUUUUUGUGGACCUUGUGUAGAUUCAUGGCUUAAAAAACAAUAAGAGUGCAUCAAUAGAUGUCCUAAGAACUCAGUAAUAUAAGGAAUUUAAAAGUCAUUAAAGAAAAUAUAUGAUGAUCUCGAGAUUAGAUGUUAGUUUUGUACUAAACCUUUUAAGAUAGCUGAAAUUGACAAGCAUGAGAUGAACUGUUAAAUGCCCAAAUGCACUAACUACGACGUCUGUGGAAACAAUUUAGGAACAAAUGAAUUUGAGAAGCAAAAGGUUUGUGAUCAAGCUUGUCUACUUUUGAGUAGAAUUAAAUAAACAAAAAAUAAAUAAGACCUCUAUUCAUGUUUAAAAUAAUAUGUAAAAGACAAAAAACCAAUUAUUCAAAUUUCACCAUAUAAUUUUAACAUUCCAGCUGUUUAGAAUCAGGAAUAUCCAGUUUUUAAAUGGGAUAGAUAGAGAAUGGGAACUGGCAUAACAUUCUCUGAUGGAGAUACAAAAAUAUUCUUAAAGGAAUAAGCCUAUAUGUUUAGAACAGCUCUUGCUACUUAUGGGUUUGAAAAAGGCAUUGGAUAUUGGGAAAUUGAAGCAGAUGAAAAAACAGAAAAUGAAUUAAAGAUUGGAGUAUCCACUUAAAGAGAAUUCAAUUAUAAUACUGCAUUUUGUGACUUUGAAUUUGGAUGGGCUUAUUAUGGAUUAGCAUAGUUGCGUCAUAAUAGUAAUGCUACUGGACCAUCUUUUGGAAGGAGAUUUAAGAAGGAUGGAAUCUUAGGAGUUUGUUUGAAUAUGAACACCGGAACUUUAAAAUUUAGUUUAAAUGGAGAUCUUAUGGGAACUGCCUAUACUGAUGAAAAAUUGAAACAUGGGCCCAUAUACCCUGCUGUUUCAUUACUUCAUUGUGCAGGCUGUAAAUUAAUAACUGGUAAACCUCUUCCCACCAUAUUCUAGAUUUGAUUUAUAAAAAUAGUUAAACUU